AUGUUCAACUGGCUGAAAGACACAAACAUAAAAAUAACAGGUUCCAUUGUGGCCCUGCAGAGCUCUGGAAACGGACCAGAUGGAGCCCACCCACCAAUCACCCGCUCACCCAUGGCUCAGGAGAGAGGAUUCAUGUCCAACAUGCAGAGGAACCAGGCCGGCUCCCAGUUUGCUUCGCCUCAGUCUGGACCCUCUAUGUCCCCGCACCCUUCACCUGGGGGCCCAUUGUAUCCUGGAAUGGUUCCCUACUCCCAGAGCGGCCCCACAGGCCAUUACGGACCUCAAGGAUCACAGUAUGGACAUCAAGGUAACUACCCCCGUCCCUCUAACUACAGCGGGACGGCCAGUGCCAGCUACAGUGGCCCCGGCCCCGGCAUGGCCAACAGCCUGGGAAUGAAUGCUACCAGCCCUAUGCACGGCCAGGGUCCCGGCCAGCCCAUACCUGUAGGACGUAGCCAUGGCCCGGGCAACCAGAAUAGAGUUUAUCCGCCAAUGGCUCCCAGCUCUCCCAGCAUGCCUCAGCCAGCUGGGCCAGGGAUGGGUCCUCCGUCUUUGGGUAGCUCUAACCGCAAGGUUCAGGAGGCAGGAGCCGCUGUGGUGCUGGGAUCUGCCAACUCAACACACAACAGGCGACCUUCGUAUGUAAGGUCCCCAGCACAGAUGCAGCCGACCCCACCCACCUCCAACCACUGGCCUGUACCCCACCCUGACUCCACCCGUCCACAACCUUCACCUCCACUCAGAUCUCAUCACCCAUGCAUCCUGCCAUCCUCACACUCACAGCACCAUAGGCAGGGCAGCUAUCCAGGCCCCGGCAUCAGCCAAGCAAGCACUAUGGCCACCGCCAUCCCCUACAGCCAGCCAGCAGGCAACAACAGCUCUGCUAUGGGUAACGCGCAAGGUCCAGCCUACAUGCCGCCUUCAGGAGCCAUGGCGAUGUCAGGAGACGGAAUCAUGAGCCCGGAUGGGAAACCCAAAGCAGACGUGAAAGAGGACACAGGCCCCGCCAACGAGACUCACAAACCAAAGCUACAGGACGGCUACAGCAACAACAACAACAGCAGCGGCAGCAGCUCCCAGCAGUGUGUGUCCCAGCCAGCAACACCAGGCGGCGCCUUGCCCGUGCCCUCCCCCCUCUCACCCAGCCCGGCCAGCUUGUCCUCCUAUCACGGGGACGACAGCGACAGCAUCAGCAGCCCACCAUGGCCACUCAAGACCCCUUCUAGUCCCAAAGCCAACCCUAACGCCUCCUCUCUCAGUGGGGAGCGAAUCGCGCGCCUUUAUGAGCUGGGUGUGGAGCCAGAGAGGCGGGGCUGGGUGGAGCGAUAUCUGACCUUCAUGGAGGAGAGGGGCACGCCCGUCACCCAGCUGCCCGCUGUGGGCAAGAAGCCGCUGGACCUGUGGAAGCUCUACAUGGCUGUCCGUGAGAUAGGAGGCCUCGCCAUGGUAAACAAGAACAAGAAGUGGCGUGAGCUGUCCACCACGCUGAGCGUUGGCACAUCGAGCAGCUCCGCCAGCUCCCUCAAGAAGCAGUACAUCCAGUAUCUGUUCGCCUACGAGUGUAAGAUGGAGAGGGGAGAGGAGCCGCCGGCAGACAGCAGCAGCAGCAGCAGCGUCAGCAGCAGCAUGGCUGGAGGGGAAAACAGGAAGCAGGUCAAGAUCCAGCCACCGUCACCUGCAAACUCAGGCGGCUCGCUCCAAGGCCCACAGACACCACAGUCGUCUGGCAGCAGCUCCACAGCAGAGGCUGCAGGGGACCUGAAACCCCCCACACCUGCGACCACCCCUCUGGGACAGGUCACACCGCUGCCCCCCAACAGGAGUAGUGUGAGCAUACAGGACCCCUUCUCUGAGGUGAGCGACCCGGCCUUCGUAAAGCGUGCUGCCUCCCUGCCCCCCUCAGCUCCCUACCAGCAGGGCCUCAGCAUGCCUGACAUGAUGAUGAGGAUGCAGUACGACGCCAAGGACCCCUUCGCCGGGAUGAGGAAGAUGGCUGGAGCCGAUCCCUACAUACCAGGUCAGAUGCCUGGUGGUGGUAUGCAGGACAUGUAUGGUCGACCCCCAUCAUCUCUGAGCAUGAGCCAAAGAUCACAGUAUCCAUACGGGCCAGGCUACGACAGGAGACCAGACCAUGUGAUGGGGAUGGAGGGGAGCAUGGGUCCUCCUGGGAGUCAGAACAACCUGGGGCCGUCCAACAGCGAGGGCAGCAUGUACUCUGCCAGCAGAUACCCUUCACAGCAGAGACACGACGGCUACGGUCAGCAGUAUCCCAGCAUGCCAUAUGGGAUGCAUCCAUCUGGGAUGUACCCACAACAGCAGCAGGGCUACAAACGGCCCAUGGACGGUAUGUACGGACCCCCACCCAAGAGACAUGAGAGCGACAUGUAUGCCAUGCAGUAUGGUAACCAGCAGCAGGACAUGUACAACCACUACAGUGGUGGAUACUCAGGCCCUGAACACAGAGCCUUACAGGGACAGUUCCCCUACCCUUACCCCCGCGACCGUAUAGGCCCCUCAGGACAGAGCCAGCACAGUUUGAUGGGCGGGGGUCCUACUCCUAACCAUGCUGCUGAUGGGCCCAACAUGUGGCCAUCCAGGACAGACCUGGGCUAUCCCUACCCCAACCGACAGGGGCCGCCAUCUCAAAUGCCACCGUACGGCUCCAUUGGUAGAGAUGACAUGGACGGGCGGCCUGGGCAGGAGCAGUGGCACCGUCAUUCUCCCUACAUGUCGUCAGCAGGUGGCAUGCCACCCUUGUCACGCCAGCCAUCCUCUUAUUCCAACUCCCCAUCCAUGGCCAACCACCUGCCCAGAGCACCCAGCCCAGGGGCCUUCCAGCGCUCCCUGGACUCUCGGAUGUCACCCAGCAAAGUACAGUUCAUGUCGCCCAUGAAGGUGCCUAAGCCUGGGAUGGCCAUGAUGGGCUCACAGGGCGGUGGAUCCCUGGGUCAAUUUCCUCCAAACCUGAGGAGGGACCUCAACUACCCACCAGGAUCAGUGGAGGCCUCCAUGCCCAUCCUCAAGCCCCGUCGUAAGCUCACCUCCAAGGAGACUGGAACGCCUGAGGCCUGGCGCGUCAUGAUGUCUCUGAAGUCUGGGCUGCUGGCAGAGAGCACAUGGGCUCUAGACACCAUCAACAUCCUGCUGUAUGACGACAGCACUGUGGCCUCCUUCAACCUCUCUCAGUUGCCUGGAUUCCUCGAGCUCAUCGUGGAGCAUUUCCGCCGCUGCCUGAUCGAAAUCUUUGGCAUCCUGGAAGAGUUUGAGGUGGGAACCAUUGCUCAUAAAAACUUUUUGGAUGCUCCUUCUAACCAGAAGGAGGAAGAACCCAUCCCUGAGCAGGAAACAGAUUUUGCUGUUCAGCCUGAGUCCGAGUCAGCCUCGGCAGUAGAAACGCAGGUGGAGCAAACGGGAGGCGUCACCAAGGAAGCUCCAACCGUUGCUGCAGAGCCAGAGUCUGCUGUGGUGAACGGUGAAAAGGAGGAGUGUGAGGCGAGCAGAAAGGAGGACAAGAAUAAGGAAGACAGAGAGAAAGAGGGGAAAGAAAAAGAAGAGGGUGAAAAAGGCGCAGAGAGUAAAAAGGAGUUUACGGAGCAGCCUGUCACUGAGCUAGAACCUAAACCUCAACAAGCCAGCAAAUACGAUAAGCUCCCCAUCAAGGUUGUCGACAAAGAGGACCUGAUUGAAGACAUGACAGAGCGCUUGGGUUACAUCACUGAGUUCACCAGUGGGCUGCUCCACUGGCAGGCCGGUGGCGGAGACUCCACCGCACACAUUCAGACACACUUUGAACCCCGGACUGCUCCACCUGCCAGAGAGGAUGAGAAAACAAGAAAAGAGGACAAGCAGGAAAACAAGAUGGAGGACGGGAAGAAACAACCACUGAAACAUAUCACCGCUACGAUUGAUGAUGUUUUGUGUGCUCGUGUUGACGCUCUCUCUUACGCCCACCCUGCACGCUCCUUGCCAUCCUACCCCUUCCGGGUGCACCCAGAUGGGGAGCAGGACCACAUCACCCUGCUGGAGGAUGAGCCCCGCUGCCUGGACGAGGCUCCGCUCUCCACAAUAUCCGCCUGGCAGGACUCGCUGUCCAAGCGGUGCCUCUGCGUCUCUAACAUCGUCAGGAGUCUGUCCUUCAUCCCUGGCAACGACUUGGACAUGUCACGCCACCCUGCCCUGGUUCUUCUUCUGGGCAGGCUGCUCCUGCUGCACCACCAGCACCCUGAGAGGAUGAGGUUGCCCCCUAGCUUCCAGAGAGACGAACAGCAGGAGCAGGGGCUGUCGAGUAGCAAAGAAGAGUGGUGGUGGGAGUGUCUGAGUCUGCUCAGAGAGAACGCCAUGGUCACACUGGCCAACAUUUCCGGACAGCUGGAUCUCUCGACCUACUCAGACACCAUCUGCCUCCCCAUCCUGGACGGCCUCCUCCACUGGAUGGUGUGCCCCUCUGCUGAGGCCCAGGACCCCUUCCCAUCAGCAGCGCCCCACUCCCUGCUCACCCCUCAAAGGUUGGUGCUGGAGUGCCUCUGCAAGCUGAGUAUCCAGGAUGGCAACGUCGACCUCCUGCUAGCUACGCCGCCCUUCAGCCGACAGGAGAAACUGUUCACCGUCCUGCUCCGUUACGUGGGACAAAGGAAGGCGCAGGUGUACAGGGAAAUGGCGGUGGCUGUCCUCUCCCACCUGGCACAAGGAGACCCCACAGCAGCACGUGCCAUAGCCAUGCAGAAGGGCAGUGUGGGUAAUUUGGUAGGUUUCUUGGAGGAUGGUGUUAGCAUGGCGCAGUACCAGCAGAACCCUCACAGCUUACUGCACAUGGGGCAUCCCCCUUUGGACCCGCCGAGCAUAAACAUGAUGUGCAGAGCAGCCAAAGGCCUGUUGGCCAUGGCUAAAGUGGAGGAAAACAAAACGGAGUUUGCGCUGUUUGAGAGCAGAUUGUUAGACAUCUCCAUUUCCUCGGUGCUCAGCGCUGGAGUGGCGGCCAUUAUUUGCCAAGUUCUCUUUCACUUGGGGAAAUUAUGACAGGAGGAGAGGCAGGACUCGUGUGGCAGACCCUAACAGUGUAUGAGAAAUUUCUGUGGUUUUCUAUUUUUAUUUAUCAAAAUGACAGAAAAUGUGUGUUUUGUUUUUUUUAAAGGAGUAUCCACAUAAACAAAAUAUAUAUGUAAAGCGUCUGGGCCCUGUUAAAAAAGUGGGUUCAGGAUUUGAAAGCUCAGUUUAUUACAAAUAUUUAAUACCUGCUGGUGUCGGAUUGCUACGUUUAAUUUUUUGGUUUGUUUGGCAUAUUUGUUUCUGUUUGUUUACUUUUUCAGCCAAAGCUGCCACCAGAUGUUGGUGCUGAAUUACAUGGUUCCUUUUGAGUCGAUGAGUCAUCGAGAUGUUUUUCAGUUUUAUAAAUGCUAAUAAACUCAUCAACAUUUUGUUAAUGGAGAGUAUUUAUUUAAAAUGUGACACUGUACAGUAGUUUGAACUUUUUUGCCAACAGUUGCGGGGGAGAGAAAUGCUGACUUUUUAAAAUGAAAUGUAUACGUCUCCAUCGCUGGAAGAUAAAAUUGUGCAAUAGGACUCGAGCAAGUUGUCCGUUCUGAGAACCAGAAGAAAACGUAAAUCUGCAGUGUGUGCUUUAGGCCAUGAGGAGGCAGCAUUGCACCAGCCAAUCAACAUGAGAGCAGAGCGUCUGUCAGAGGAAGAAGUGUCUAAUUUAUCAAUCAUAGCCUCAACAACUUUCACAGAAGAACUUUGUGUUUCCUAAGCACUUGUGUCAUGUCUGUAUUUUUUCAUCAUUGUGUAUAUAAACCGUUGUACAAUGGACGCACAUGAUUCUUUCAGUCUCUAUCAAGCAUAGCAACAGAUGGGACUUUCUGACUAAUAUAACAAAUGCUUUUAUUGUUGGUAAAAUUUGUUAUUGUUAUUAUACAUAUUUUGUUAAUGGGGUCAAAUAUUUGAACAUGGCAGAUGUAACUGAUGUUUCAAUGUAAAAAAAAUCCUGUAUGCAUUGUAUUAUAGCUGAGAAAACAAUCGCUUUGGUAAUCAAACGUGGAAGUGCCAGGGUGAGAGGAUAUCUAGGCGAGGUUACAGAAGCAACCUGAACACAUUUCUGUUUGUUACUGUCCUCCAUUCAUGUCAAAGGGCAUAUUUUUUUCAAUCUAGAUAAAUGCUCUAAAAGAAACGUCUGAAAAGAUCAUUCAAAAUGUCCUGAAGCUCAUUGUAAAAAAAACUUGCCUUUUUUUCGUAUGACUCCAUGUCUCUCUUUUAUUCAGUAUACACAUUUAUACUCUGUGCUGCACAUGUCACAAAAUAAAUGUACGAUGAACAUCGUUAAACACCGGAGGCGUUGCAUUAUGUCCAGACAAUCUUAGGCCAAUAAAACAAAC